AUGGACACACAGCAUUGCAUCAUGUCGGAGCAACAACAACUGAUCGAAGAAUGGAAGAGGGAAAAGGUGGUAGGGAUCAUUGGUCUCGGUGAUAUGGGUCUACUGUACGCCAACAAAUUUUCUGAUGCCGGUUGGAAAGUGGUUUGUUGCGAUAAAGAAGAGUUCUAUCCAGAGCUGAAGGAGAAAUACAGCCAUGCCAAAUUUGAAGUAGUGCUAAAUGGACAUUAUGUUUCUAGAGUUAGUGAUUACAUUAUCUAUAGUGUGGAAGCUGCCAAUCUUGAUAAGAUUAUUUCGUUAUAUGGUCCUUCCUCCAAAGUUGGUGCAAUUAUAGGUGGCCAAACAAGCUGUAAGAGUCCUGAAAUUGCAGCUUUUGAAAAAUAUUUGCCACCUGAUACAGAUAUUAUUACUGUCCAUUCAUUACAUGGACCAAAAGUUAACACAGAGGGACAACCUUUAGUCAUUAUUAAUCAUAGAUGUAGGAAUAUAUUGCAUCUUCAAUUUGUCGAGAGUAUCAUGUCAUGCUUAAAGAGUAAACACGUCUACUUAACAUUUGAGGAGCAUGAUAGAAUUACUGCGGACACACAGGCUGUAACACAUGCUGCGUUCUUGAGUAUGGGCGCUGCUUGGGCAAAGUUACAAGUGUAUCCUUGGGCUCUUGGUAUUAAUAAAUGGUACGGUGGAUUAGAAAAUGUGAAAGUUAAUAUUUCAUUAAGAAUUUACUCAAAUAAAUGGCAUGUGUAUGCCGGCUUAGCAAUUACAAACCCACAUGCACAUCAGCAAAUUUUACAAUAUGCCACUAGCGCGACUGAACUGUUUACACUCUUCUUAGAUCAUAAGAAAGAGGAGCUUAUUGAAAGGUUGAAUAAGGCUAAAGAAUUUGUGUUUGGUAACCACACUGGACUACUGUUAUUAGAUGAUUUAAUUCUAGAAAAGUAUUCCUUAUCUAAGAAUAAACCUACUGAUGAUCCUACAACUAAGUCACUGCCACUACCUAACUCACAUUUGUCUCUGUUGGCAAUUGUUGAUUCAUGGUAUAAAUUAGGCAUAAAUCCAUAUGAUCAUAUGAUUUGUUCAACUCCUCUGUUUAGAAUAUUUUUAGGUGUUUCAGAAUACUUAUUUUUGCAACCAAAUUUAUUGGAACAGACCAUUGAUGCUGCCAUAGACGAUCAUUCAUUUAGAAGAGACGAUUUAGAAUUUGUUGUGUCAGCUAGAGAAUGGAGUUCUAUUGUUUCGUUUCAAAAUUUUGACCUUUAUAAAAAACAAUUUGAAACAGUGCAAGAGUUUUUCAAACCCAUGUUUCCAGAGGCUAAUCAAAUUGGUAAUGAGAUGAUAAAGACUAUUCUAAGUCAUUCAAAAUAA